CGAUAGGCGAUGUGAGAGCGUCAAAGAGAUCGUUGGAAGACUUGGAACCGGGGCCGCAUGGUUCGGUCCAGACGCAACCAUCUCGAUGACAGGCCGUCGAUGUGAAGAUUUCCACCCCAAGACCCCCAUAUUAAUAACUCCAUGUAACCGUGUAAUGGCCUUUGUCCUUCCCUCAUAUCAAUUCCCUUCAUCUUCACUCAACCAUUCUGAUUUCUUCUAAUUCGUUUUUCCUUUGACCUUUUCCUUUCUUGAGACAAGUUUAACUCCCUCCUCUGUCGUUACCAGGUUCCAACUUUCUUUUGGUCCAUCUUAAUGUGUUCAUCAGCCCCCCUACGUCACUAACACUGACACUCAUACGAAUCUUGGAUAGCUGGAUCCCUUCAUAGCUCGGUGGUCGGUUGCACGACCCUGCAUCACCCAACAUUCGCUACAGUCCUCAUCAUGGACCCUUCUAUCUCACAAAAGCUCUCACCUCGUCAAAACCCGAAUACCGCUACGGACGAGUUUCUCGAUCUCCUCUCCGAUCCUUUCAGCACUCAGAUUCAAAAUGAAGCCAUUGGAGCCGCCCUGGUGGUUGGCCUCGGUGCCACUGCCCUCGUCGCCGUCCUGUUCUCCUUUCUCCGCCGAUUUAACAAAGUCAUCUACCAACCGAAAGUGAAACAUGCCGACGCACGGCACGCCCCUCCGCCCAUCGGCAACGGUCCCUUCGCCUGGAUCACACCCGUCGUCCGGACAAAAGAGCAGAUCAUGGUGGAGAAAGCCGGCGUCGAUGCGGCCCUGUUCCUCCGAUUCGCAGCCAUGCUGCGGAACAUGUUCGCCGUGCUCACGGUCAUCGGAUGCGGCAUCCUCAUUCCGAUCAACAUUCUGGGCGGCCAUCAGCUCACCAAGGAGUUUUCCAUAUCCGCGUUCAUGAAGAUGACUCCGCAAUACAUGUUCGGGGAGAAGUUUUGGGGUCAUGUGGCGGUCGCCUACCUCUUCGACGUGACCGUCUGCUUUUUCCUAUGGUGGAACUAUCGGGCGGUAGUGGAGCUCAGACGCAAUUAUUUCGAGAGUGAUGACUACCAGCGCAGUUUACAUGCCCGGACGCUCAUGGUGACGGACAUUCCGAGCGACCAGCGGUCCGAUGAAGGUCUCCUACGGAUCACGGAUACGAUCAACCAUACCGGCGAGAUCCCUCGCGCGGCCAUCGCGCGGAACGUAAAAGAGCUUCCAGAGAUGAUCGAGGAGCAUGCACACCUGGUCCGGCAGUUGGAAGGCCAUUUGGCCAAAUAUCUCAAGAACCCCGAUCACCUUGCGUUGAACCGUCCUACCUGUAAACCUUCGAAGAAGGAUAAGGCACAUUCUGGUAAUGCUAAGGUGGACGCUAUCGAAUAUCUGACGGGUCGCAUUCAGGACCUGGAGGGCAUGAUCAAAUCGGUGCGAGAGACGGUCGACAAACGCAAUGCGAUGCCUUUCGGCUUUGCCUCGUACGGGUCGAUUUCCGAAGCGCACAGCAUCGCUUACGCCGCGCGUAAGAAGCACCCGCAAGGCACAACCAUUCGCCUUGCACCGCGCCCAGGUGACCUCAUCUGGAAGAAUCUCCCGCUUUCCAAAAGCUCUCGACGGCGACAACGCAUCAUGAACAACGUCUGGGUCGUCCUUCUCACCCUCGUUUGGAUCGCUCCUAACGCGCUCAUUGCGAUCUUCCUCUCGAAUUUGAACAAUCUCGGUCGGUUAUGGCCCGCGUUCGCCCAAGAGCUUCAACACAAUCCCAAAACCUGGGCUAUCGUCCAGGGUGUGUUGGCGCCGGCAGUCACUUCACUCUUUUACCUCGUCCUUCCCAUCAUUUUCCGCCGACUCUCGAUCAAGGCGGGCGAUCAGAGCAAAUCACAACGCGAGCGCCACGUCCUUCACAAGCUCUACACCUUCUUCGUCUUCAACAACCUGAUCGUUUUCUCGCUCUUUUCCACCGUCUGGAAAUUCGUCACCAUCAUCAUCGACGCCAAACAUGACGACAAGGAUGUCAUGCAGACGCUGUCCGAUGCGAAGCUACUGAACAAACUUCUGAUCGGCCUUUGUGAGCUCACCGUCUUCUGGGUGUGCUGGCUGCUCCAGCGUAACCUUGCUGCGGCCAUCGAUCUGUCGCAAUUUGUCAAUCUCGCCUGGAAAGGCUUCACGAGGAAGGUGACCCAUCCCACCCCAAGGGAGCUGAUCGAAUUGACGGCACCACCGCCUUUCGAUUAUGCAACCUAUUACAAUUCCUUCCUUUUCUAUGCGACGGUAGCGCUGUUCUUUGCGCCGUUGCAGCCCGUCGUUCUUGCCGUCAUGCUCUUCUACUUCAGUCUGGAUUCCUGGCUCAAGAAGUACCUGCUUCUCUAUGUCUUCAUCACCAAAUCCGAAUCUGGUGGCGCUUUCUGGCGCGUGGUCUUCAACCGCAUGCUCGUCGCCAUCCUCCUCAGCAACAUUGUCGUCGCCCUCGCCAUCGCCGCGAACGGCUAUUCGACCCCCAUGCUCAUCUCCCUCAUCCCGCUCCCCUUCCUCCUCGCCGGCUUCAAAUUCUACUGCGUCCGCGCCUUCGACACCCAAACUCACUACUACGCCACCCACGCGCUCAAAGACCCCGAAAUCCACGAGCACAGCGACAGCUCCUCCGUCCGGGACAAGCGCGAGCGCGUCUCCGUCCGCUACGGGCAUCCCGCGCUCUAUAAACCGCUCAUCACGCCCAUGGUGCACGAGAAAUCCCGCCACCUGCUCACCCAGGUCUACCAGGGCCGCACGUCCGCCGAUCUCACCGACACCCACACCCUCGCGGGCUACUCCGACACCUACGCUAUGCAUCCGUUCAGCAAGCCCGGCGACAUGAAGAUGAAUGACUCCGCCGCCACGGGGAAGAACCGCUUCGAGUUCGUCUCGGAAGGCGACAUUGCGGCCGACAUGUACGCUGAGCACCCCGAUUUCAAGUCCGAUUUCCAAGGCGAUCUCGACAGCGUCUACACCGGCUCGCGGCCAGGCACCCCGGCCACGCUGGUCGGUGACCCGCGGCACGGUCGCUCCGCGUCGCAGGACCGCGACGACGACGCGCCGGGGAUCGUGUAUCCGCACGGCUAUCACCAGACGCCGCGUGCGCGGCCCCGGGAGUUCAGCCCCGCGGGCCAUGCACGGGAGGGGAGUUUAGGGAGGCACAGCGUGGUGGUCGAUGGGUACGGAGAUGAGAGCCGGGUCGAUUUGGCCGGGGCGGGGGCACCGAUGGGGAGGACGGUCACGGGGCAGACGGACGGGAGCUAUUCCGGGGGAGCGGCGUCCGGGCACGGGUAUCGCGGAUUGCCGGUGGACACGCCAGGGAGUGAGAGCGACGGGAUGGGGAGUGAGGGGUAUUUCCAGGGACGGGGGAUGAGAUGAGAAUGACUAACCUUGGGGCAUCGAUAAAGGGGUCGGCGGAAGAUAAUCGAAGGAAGCGCGGAAGAAGGAUGGAGGAAGGCGAGACGGGUGAGGAAGCUGGGAGUUACCAUUGCAUGAAUGAAGUUACGGGUUUGGAGAUGGGGGGUUUUGGCAUACCGUUUGGGGUAUUUCGCAUCUACCAACGAUGCUCGUUUUCACGACAGUUGGGCCGUUCGCGGCGAAUUUGGAGAUGUAUCAUGAUCAUGUGGGGUACAUGUGUUUAGGAUUGCGCAUAGCGGGUUCGAACAUCGCAAGGAUUCCUGGUUGGACGAGUUGGAACCCCAAAAUUGUUUCACAGAAUCGGCAAAAGGCAACGGCAAGCGACCCCGGUACUAGAUAACAUAGAUUCCAUUAGAAAAUAACGAUAAUGAGAGCCAUGAUGGCUAUGAAUAUAGAAUCAUCUUA